AUGAACACGCUGGGAGUAUUGGAACUUCAGGAGAUGCGGGGAGUCGAGGAAUCAGAGGGGAUUGAGGGAUUACGGAACGGAAAAGACCUACGGGACAGCUCAACGCAUGGCAGCAGUGCAGACGGCGAGGAGAGGGCGACGACGAUCGCAGAGGCACCUCAGAAGCAACCUAGUCCCAGCCACGCUAAUGACGACGGGAUGAAGACGGGGGAGCGUGAGAAGCAGCACGAGGCCUCCGCUCCCUCCGAUCCCUCCGCUCCCCCCGCUCCCUCCGCUCCCUCCAAUCCCUCCCUCUCCUCUCCGCCUCCCCCUGUCCGCUGGCCCGUUGCGCCAUGCACGGAGGGGAGGCUUGAGGGGCCGUCGCGGCUCGACAUCUCGCCCGCGCCGGGGGAAGCGGAAGGGUGGGAGGCCGCGCCGAGUCCGGGGAAGGCGCGGGAGUGGGGGGAGUGGGGGGAGUCGGCGGAGUGGGCGGAGGUAGAUCUGCGCGAGAUCACGCUGACCAAGGAGAUCGCGCGGGGGUCGUCCAGCGUGGUGUACAGAGGCGUGUACCGCAAGCAGAGCGUUGCUGUGAAGGUGGUGGACCUAGGCAGCGACGACGGCUCGUCACUGCACGAGGUGCAGGAGAGGAGGGCGGCGCUUAUACGGGAGGUGAUUAUAUGGAGCCGCGUCACGCACCCCCACAUUGUGCCGGUGAUAGGAGCGCACAUCCCCCUGCUCUCCCCCGAGGCCCACCCGUCCCCCUCCCCCCGACAGCCCGGGCAGCAGAGGGUGGACUCGCGCCUGCGGGGCGAGCAGGCGUGCGUUGUGAGUGCGCUCAUCGGCACGGGAGUGACUCUUAAGGAGUAUCUCGCUCGCACUGCCAGGGAGAAGAGGAAGCUGCCGCUGCACAUGCUGGUGGACCUGGCCAUGCAGCUCGCCAAGAGCCUCGCCUUCCUACACUCCCUGCGGGUGGUGCAUGGCGACGUGUGUCCCGAUCACGUGCUGCUCGACUCCACCUUACGCCUGCACCUCGCGGGCUUCGCCUGUGCUUCUAUCGAGGGAGACCUCGCAUACAGUCACGCGGGCAGAGGGGAGGAGCGCGGCAAUCCGAACUACAUGGCUCCUGAGGUGCUCAACUCCCUGCCAUACGACCGCCAGGCAGACGUGUUCAGCUUUGGCAUGUGCUUGUGGGCCAUGCUCUCCUGUGAGCCGCCCUUUCCCAAGUGUGAUUACAACGAGAUCUCCGACCUUCUGCAGCAGGGCGUGCGCCCCAUCAUCUCCCCCAAGUGCCCCCCCGACUUGGCGCAUCUACUGCAGCGCUGCUGGGAGGGCGACCCUGCUGCCCGCCCCUCCAUGCCCCAACUCACCGCCCUGCUGCGCUCAGUCAACGUCUUCGCCACCCCCCAGGACCACGCACCCACAGAUGCCCCGAGGGGUGCGUCAGUGGGUGCAGCCAGGGAUGCCCGCGCCACGAGGGGAGAGGCUGCAGUAGUGCAGCAUGCACGGAGUGCCGACCAGGUGCAAAGAGGAGGGGCCAAGCUGCCUCUCUUCUCCUCCCUGGGCUCCUCUCUUGGCUCUUCCCUUGGCCGUUUCAGCUUCGCACGCGGUAGAUUUGCGCAGUUGACUUUCCCACCAGCAUUUUCGUAUUCGUCACCGCCACCAUCGGCAGCAGCGCCUUUCCCACUACCAGCGUCAGCUUCCGAGUCUGCUGCUGUCUCAGUCGCACGUGCUGCAUCAGCAGCAGCGGCGCCGGCAGCAGUAGUGGCAACACCAGCUGCUGCUGUGCCAGCGUCGAGAGAGGAAGAUGCUGUGAGAGAACCAGGGAGCAUGCCGGGACCGGCGUGUGUUAGAGAUACCAGGGAGCAUGCUAGAGAUACUGUGGGGCAAUCAGAAGCAAGGGACGUCCAUGAAGGGAAACAACUAGUCUGCAGCAAAGACAUGCGGCAGCAACUAGACUCCUCUCUCUCUCCCUCCUCUGAACCCCCUGCCACUUCUCCCCACCUAAACGCUCCCGCUCCCUCUCCCCCUCUCCCUCCGCCUCUCCCUCUCCUCAUACCACCCUCCUCUCUUCCUAACGAUCCGCCCUCUCCUCUUCCCACACUCCCCUCCCAUGUUACCAUCCCUCCCUCCCUGCCUUCGCCUUCCUCCUCUCCUCUGCACUCCUCCCUUCCACCCCCCUCUCCACACCCCUUUUCCCCCUCUCGCUCCUCUCAUCCCUCCCCUUCCGCCUCCUCCUUCCCGCCCUCCUCGCCCUCUCCUGCUGCCUCUGCAAGCCCCGCUGUGUCAUCAGCAGCUGCCAGAGGCUAUGCUGUAGCAGGUCGGGUGGCUGGAGCUAGCCCAGCUGCUGCUGCUGCCGCCGCUGCCAGUGCCGCUGCAAAUCCCCCGGCAAAUACCGAGGCUAGCGCCGGUGCUAGUCCCGAGGCUAGCACCGAAGCUAGCACCGGGUGUGUGGGAUGGGAAAGGCGAUCAGCAGCAGACAGCAUCAGCCCUGUUGGCAGUGCUCGGAGCACUGGUUGGGAGGCAGUGGGUAUAGCAGCCGCUGCUGGGAAUGCGAGCCCUGCAGGGAGCAUGGGGAGCAUGAGGAGUGUGGGGUGGGAUGGGGGGGCGAUGUCACCUGCAUGGAGUGGGGAGGCGGGGCAGGCGUGGGUGGGGGAGAGGCCAGUGUGGGAGAUCAAGCUGAGGAACGUUAUUUUAAAGAAAGAGAUUGCUAAGGGGUCGUCCGGGACUGUGUACAAGGGCAAAUACAAGGACAGCCCCGUUGCAGUGCGGGUGGUGCCUUGGAGCGAGGUGGAAGGGGAGAUGUGUGAGGGGGAGCAGUGGGAGCAGAGGAGGGCCAAGUUCCUAAGGGAAGUGACUAUAUGGAGACGGCUCAAACACCCCAAUAUAGUCAAGGUGCUUGCCUCUAAGGUGCUUGCCUCUAAGGUGCUUGCCUCUAAGGUGCUUGCCUCUAAGGUGCUUGCCUCUAAGGUGCUUGCCUCUCAGGUGCUUGCCUCUAAGGUGCUUGCCUCUAAGGUGCUUGCCUCUAAGGUGCUUGCCUCUAAGGUGCUUGCCUCUAAGGUGCUUGCCUCUAAGGUGCUCGCCUCUAAGGUGCUCGCCUCUAAGGUGCUCGCCUCUAAGGUGCUCGCCUCUAAGGUGCUCGCCUCUAAGGUGCUCGCCUCUAAGGUGCUUGCCUCUAAGGUGCUUGCCUCUAUGGUGCUUGCCUCUAAGGUGCUUGCCUCUAAGGUGCUUGCCUCUAAGGUGCUUGCCUCUAAGGUGCUUGCCUCUAAGGUGCUUGCCUCUAAGGUGCUUGCCUCUAAGGUGCUUGCCUCUAAGGUGCUUGCCUCUAAGGUGCUUGCCUCUCAGGUGCUUGCCUCUAAGGUGCUUGCCUCUAAGGUGCUUGCCUCUAAGGUGCUUGCCUCUAAGGUGCUUGCCUCUAAGGUGCUUGCCUCUAAGGUGCUUGCCUCUAAGGUGCUCGCCUCUAAGGUGCUCGCCUCUAAGGUGCUCGCCUCUAAGGUGCUCGCCUCUAAGGUGCUCGCCUCUAAGGUGCUCGCCUCUAAGGUGCUCGCCUCUAAGGUGCUCGCCUCUAAGGUGCUUGCCUCUAAGGUGCUUGCCUCUAAGGUGCUUGCCUAUAAGGUGCUUGCCUCUAAGGUGCUUGCCUCUAAGGUGCUCGCCUCUAAGGUGCUCGCCUCUAAGGUGCUCGCCUCUAAGGUGCUCGCCUCUAAGGUGCUCGCCUCUAAGGUUCUUGCCUCUAAGGUGCUUGCCUCUAAGGUGCUUGCCUCUAAGGUGCUUGCCUCUAAGGUGCUUGCCUCUAAGGUGCUUGCCUCUAAGGUGCUUGCCUCUAAGGUGCUUGCCUCUAAGGUGCUUGCCUCUAAGGUGCUUGCCUCUAAGGUGCUUGCCUCUAAGGUGCUUGCCUCUAAGGUGCUCGCCUCUAAGGUGCUUGCCUCUAAGGUGCUCGCCUCUAAGGUGCUCGCCUCUAAGGUGCUCGCCUCUAAGGUGCUCGCCUCUAAGGUGCUCGCCUCUAAGGUGCUUGCCUCUAAGGUGCUUGCCUCUAAGGUGCUUGCCUCUAAGGUGCUUGCCUCUAAGGUGCUUGCCUCUAAGGUGCUUGCCUCUAAGGUGCUUGCCUCUAAGGUGCUUGCCUCUAAGGUGCUUGCCUCUAAGGUGCUUGCCUCUAAGGUGCUUGCCUCUAAGGUGCUUGCCUCUAAGGUGCUUGCCUCUAAGGUGCUUGCCUCUAAGUUGCUUGCCUCUAAGGUGCUUGCCUCUAAGGUGCUCGCUCCUAAGGUGCUCGCUCCUAAGGUGCUUGCCUCUAAGGUGCUCGCCUCUAAGGUGCUCGCCUCUAAGGUGCUCGCCUCUAAGGUGCUCGCCUCUAAGGUGCUCGCCUCUAAGGUGCUCGCCUCUAAGGUGCUUGCCUCUAAGGUGCUUGCCUCUAAGGUGCUUGCCUCUAAGGUGCUUGCCUCUAAGGUGCUUGCCUCUAAGGUGCUUGCCUCUAAGGUGCUUGCCUCUAAGGUGCUUGCCUCUAAGGUGCUUGCCUCUAAGGUGCUUGCCUCUAAGGUGCUUGCCUCUAAGGUGCUUGCCUCUAAGGUGCUUGCCUCUAAGGUGCUUGCCUCUAAGGUGCUUGCCUCUAAGGUGCUCGCCUCUAAGGUGCUCGCCUCUAAGGUGCUCGCCUCUAAGGUGCUCGCCUCUAAGGUGCUCGCCUCUAAGGUGCUUGCCUCUAAGGUGCGCGCCUCUAAGGUGCGCGCCUCUAAGGUGCGCGCCUCUAAGGUGCGCGCCUCUAAGGUGCGCGCCUCUAAGGUGCGCGCCUCUAAGGUGCGCGCCUCUAAGGUGCGCGCCUCUAAGGUGCGCGCCUCUAAGGAAUAUCUUUUCCGGGCAGCCCGGGAACGGAGGAAGCUGCCGAUGCCGUUCAUUGUGCAAGUGGCAUUCGAUCUCGCCAAGGGCCUGGCGUAUCUGCACUCCAUGGGCGUGGUGCACGGCGACAUUUGUCCCGAGAAUCUGCUUCUGGACGGCAAUCGCCGCCUCAAGAUCGCACGAUUCGGGGCGGCACGGGUGGAAUCCUCCCACCCGGUUAGCAUCGCUACUGGCAGCUGCCGCCGCACCCUCAGCUACAGCGCGCCUGAGGUGCUCUUCUCGCAGCCCUACGACCGCUCUGCUGACGUCUACAGCUUCGGCAUCUGCCUGUGGGAGCUCUACGCUCGGGAGGCCCCGUUCCCGAACCUAGACUUUGGGGAGGUGGCCGAUGCUGUCAAGGAGGUGAGGGGUCAAUGGGAUGAGGCAGGAUCGAGUGGAAAGGGAGCUUCCAUUCGACACUGCCACGUGUGCGAUCCCCUUUCCCACUCCCACCCUCCCCUCACCCUGCAGGGUGUGCGCCCCAUUAUAUCUCCCAAGUGCCCCCCUGACUUGGCCAAUGUUAUGCGUUGCUGCUGGGAGGGUCUCCCUGCUGCGCGCCCCUCGAUGCCCCAAGUUCUUGCCAUGCUGAAGAAGGUGAAUGUCUUUGCAGGUAAAUGA